CACAAAGGGGUUUUUCGUCGUCGCACAAAAUAAAAAAACAAAACACAAAAAAGAAAAAAGAGAAAGCCUUUUUCUUUGUUUUCCCCUGUUAAAAAUGUGGGUAAUCUGAACAUUUGAUUCCGGUUGAGAAUUCUGUUGAUUCUUCUUGUUUCUCUGAUCGUGCAUUUCCUUUGAGACUUUUCCUUCCUUGGUUUCCGAAAAACGGUCCUUGUCUGGAUUAAUUAAUCCGUGUGAGAAUGCAACCCUUUUGUUGAAUGUCUGAAAUGCUAUUCAAGUCAUGGUUUUACAAAAGAGGCUCGAGUAUGGAUUCAAUGGCUAUGAGGUGCCUCCCACACCUCGUGCUGCAAGAUCACCAAGAAAGAGUGCUUUCAAGAAGAAAAGCGAAAACAAUCAGAUAUCUUCCUUCGAUUUGUUGGCUGCAGUAGCUGGCAAACUGCUGCUUGAAGGUGGAGGAAAUUCUUCUUCCUCAAGCAACAACGCUUCGGCCGAUAUUGAAGAUGAGUGUGCGGUUAAGAAAGAACCGCUUUAUCAAGCAGUGGCCGAAGAGACUAACAGUGAUCACGAUCAUGACAAUGGUGCUGAAAGGAGAUUCUUUAUCUCCGAGAUCCUUCCCAAAGCUCAUGAAAUGGAGAGCUUCAACAGAUCUCCAAGCCCGCUUAAAGAUUUCCAUUUUGGAUCUACUUCUGGUAUAACUUCUGACUCCUCGGAGAAGUUUGGAACUCGAGAAUUGGCGUUUGAGGAAACCAAGAUCGACAGUGGUGAUUACUAUAGGUCAGAGAUUAAUGAUAAAAGAUCAAUGCUUGGUGGGAUAAAUUGUGAAACAAAGCUAUCAAGGAAUGUUGUACCCAAGGAGGAGCAUCAUAUAGGUAGUGGUUUCAGGAAAGUAAUUCCUCGAAAUCCUUCGGAAUGCUCUGAUGAUACAGAUUUGCCAAGUAGAGAAAAUUGUGAUGAUGGCGAAAACUUGUCAGCCCGUUACGCAACAAAGUCAUUUAGGUCAACUCUGCGUUUAGGAGAUAGAAGAAUAAGGAAAGUUUUGGCUUCAAAGUUUUGUAAAGUCUCUGUAAAGCCCAAAGAUAAUACAACGGCAACUAAUCCAGACUUGGACUUGAAGCCUGAUUACUACAGCAAGAAACAUUGUCUCAAAAGCUUAAGAUCAGAGAGGAACUAUCCAAUCAAGAAAAGAAGAUAUUUUGAUGGUUAUACAGCGUCACAAUCAGAAGAAAGAGUUAAAAACGAAGGCCUUUCUAGUUCACCAAGAAAGGCUUCAGCUUUUCUAUCAUCCAUACCUUGUCAGAAGCAGCCAGCAUUCCAAUCCAGAGAUUCUCAUGUGAAACUUGGAAUCAAGUCGUUUAGAGUUCCUGAACUUUUCAUUGAAAUUCCAGAGACCGCUACUGUUGGUUCGCUAAAGAGGACAGUCUUGGAAGCCGUGACCACAAUCCUCGGAGGUGGACUACGCAUAGGUGUUCUUGUUCAUGGAAAGAAGGUUAGAGACGACAACAAAAUGCUUCUUCAGACUGGAGUUUCUCUAGACACUCUUUCAGAUAGUUUAGGCUUUUGUCUCGAGCCCAAUCCUCCACAAUCCACCAAACCGUUUUCUCCUGAAGAAUCCGAUUUUGUUCGUCCGUGUAAUGUACCUCAAACUCUAACAAGGUGUCUCCCAUCACUACCGGGGAAACAUGCUAAACCGAGUAACUCUGUAGAAAAUGACCUUGACUCCAAACCCUCGGCUCCAAAUAGGGCUAAACCCGUCUACUCGAGAGCCUUGAUUCCUGUCUCUCCCCUGCAUGCUCAGGCUUUAACCGUAGUCCCACCUCGGAAACCCAAGCGGUCUGAGGUGGCACAGCGCAGAAUCCGCCGACCUUUCUCUGUUGCAGAAGUAGAGGCCCUUGUUCAAGCUGUGGAGAGAUUUGGGACCGGAAGGUGGCGUGAUGUAAAGUUGCGAGCUUUCGAUAAUGCUAAGCACCGGACUUACGUUGAUUUAAAGGACAAAUGGAAGACGCUGGUGCACACAGCAAGAAUAUCGCCACAACAAAGAAGAGGCGAGCCAGUUCCACAGGAGCUCCUAGACCGGGUACUAACGGCUCAUGCCUACUGGUCCCAGCAACAGGGGAAACAACAGCUGCUAGAGGGAGAGGGACCCCAGAAGCUCGAGACCAGUCUUGGUCUAUAGACCAGGAAAACAAAGGUUAUCUUUGCGACGUGAAAAUGAAUGUUGGCAGGAUGAACCUGGAAUUUUUAUAAUUUCAUAUAUACUUUUUUGUUUGAUUGUUUGUUUUGUUAUGUGUUUGUAUUUGAAGAGAUUCGAUGUAAAAAAGAAAGAAAAAGGAUGAAUUGUGGUGAAGAAGAUAGAGAAUGAAGAUAUGUGAAGUCUGGUGUAAUAGUCACAGUGCUUGGUUAUAAUAAGAGGCUAC